AUUAGAUCGAUAUUUUCCUAACGACACUAUCAUCAUUGUUUGUAUUUACCAACAACACAGGAUAACACAAUUUGUUCACACAAUAAAUUUCAUUUCAACCAUACGGUUUAACAAAUAAUUAAAAUGGAGCAAAUCGUAAGACCUGUUUUUACGCUCGAGUUAAAUUACAAAAUUAUACCAGGUCUAGUAACAAUAGGAAAAUACGAUGGGACUCAUUCGUGUAUUACAGCAGCCACUUCAACUGACAAGGUUUUAAUUCAUAGCCCCCAUCGAAAAAAUAGUGCAAUAGCAGGCAGAGUUCUUUGGUCAGAAUCUAACAAAGAAAUUGCGACUUUAAACAUAAACCAGUCCAUUACCUGCUUGACAGUAGGUAUGCUACUACCAGAUGAAGACAAAGACAUAUUGCUAAUAGGAACGAGUUCACACGUAUUGGCUUAUCACGUUCACGAUAACAAAGACGUGUUUUACAGGGAAUGUACUGAUGGCGUUAAAUCGAUUGCUGUUGGCACUUUUAAAGAUAUCAAAACCGUCAUAAUGAUUGGUGGUAACUCAUCGGUACAUGGUUAUGAUAACCAAGGCAAUGAAAUAUUUUGGACUGCAGUUGGAGAUAUUGCUACGUCUGUUAUUUUCAUGGAUUAUAACAAAGAUGGACUCAACGAGUUAGUGGUCAGCUCUGAAGAUUUCAGUAUCAGAAUUUUCGACAAGACUGGAAUGCUAUCUGAACAUAUAGAAACUGAAGUUGUUACCAAUUUAGUCACCUUGCCUGACAACAGGUUUGCUUAUUCCAUUUCGAAUGGAACUAUUGGAGUUUAUGAACAGGAAACUAGACUUUGGAGAGUAAAGUCAAAACAUUUUGCAAUUUCUAUACACUACUACGAUCUGUUGGGACAAGGUUCACCUCAAUUGCUAACUGGUUGGUCAAAUGGUAAAGUAGAUUGCAGAUCAAUCAAAACCGGAGAAGUUCUGUUUAAAGACGCAAUGGCUUGUGGUGUUUCUGGAAUUGUUGAAGGCGAUUACAGAUCUAUAGGAAAGAGCGAUCUUAUCUGCAUUUCUUCAGAAGGCGAAGUUAGAGGUUAUACAACAACCAAAACUCUCACCAGUUCUGAUGGAAACGGAGCUGAUCAAAACACAAUAAGAGAGUUGUUAGCUCAUAAGCAAGCUCUUCUGAUGGAGUUGAAACAUUACGAUACAAACACCAAGUACAACGAAAAUAUCUUCUACGAAACAGAGAGUUAUGAAAACAGUGGAGUUAUACCAGCCAGUACUAGAUUGGAAAUAGCAAUAAAUACAAAUGAUACUGAUCCAAAACCUCACGUUGAACUGUCUUUGUCUACCAACAAUUCGACGAUCAUAAAAGCAACUGUGAUAUUUGCUGAAGGAAUAUUUAAUGGAGAGACGCACGUAAUUCAUCCACCCAUAUCUAAAUUGAAGUCGAUAUUAUUGGUGCCUUUAUUUUUACCUAAAGAUAGUCCUGUUGAUAUUCACGUUAAGGUCCUUGUGGGAUACCCGAACAGCUCUCAGUUUCACGUUUACGAAAUAACGAAACAAUUGCCGAAAUUUUCGAUGUACUGCUUAAAAGAGAAAGGCAGCAGAAAACUGACAGGCGACAACUAUGUACAAUUUAAAGUCAACGAACGGUUACAGAGAAUUUGUUUGUGGAUUAAUCAAUUUUUUUUAUUAACUGAGGACGUGGAAUUUGAUACAGGAACGAAUUUGUCUUUGAGUUUUAAAUGUCUCAGAGAUAAUACGGAUUUAAAUAUGGUGUUUGAUAUGAAUGGAAAAACUAGUAUUUACACGUCGAAUAUAUCUUUGGCUGCGGAUUUGGUACAGUCAAUUGCUGCUUAUUUGAAUAUAAACAGCUUAGAGUCAAAAUCUUCAUUCUCACAAGAAGAAGAAAAAAUUAAAGAACACAUGAGCAAAUUAUCUGAAAUACAGGAUACCAGAUUACGCUUGGAAACUGACAUUGCUGACAGGAUGUCCCAGAUAAGAUCUUUGAUCAUACAAGCGGAAGAUAGCAGAAUAAACGAUUUAGAUUCGCUGCCAUAUCAUUAUGAUGAAUUAAUGGUUAUAAACGAAGAACUAAUAAAUGGAUACAAUAUCAGAUUGCAAAAUUAUAACGAAAAAGUAGACACUAUGAAAAACAUUAAUACAGUUAUACAGAAAGCUUCAAGACUAAGAGUUGGGCCAAAAUCUUCGAAUAUGGUUAAUUUCUGUCGAACUUGCAUCAACAACAACAGUGUAGAAGGAUUGAUUAAAGUUAUAAGAACUGGUGAAAUGUAGUUAGAGUUACAUGUAAAAAUAAUAUUAUUUUGUUGAGAAUAUUAUAGGAAUUGUUUUUUUUUCUGUCUUCCAUUACAGAUGCAAAAUUCCGAUCAGUUUUUCAGAGAGUUCUUCAACGUGUCAUAGAUAUAUCUAAAUUCUUGCAAAAUCUUCAUAUUCCUCAGUACUCGGCUGCACUGGUACAUAAACUCAUACACUUGUUACGUAAUAUUUUGCAUUUUUUUACGCACUGGAACAAAAUUAAAUCUAUUUUAACCUAUUUAAUAAUAUUAUUCAGUAUUUUUUACAUGAAAUCAAAUAAAAUAAAAAACAAAAACAAAUAUAUUAAAUUUUAUACAAAAAAGUAUACAAAACAUUAUAUUUUCACAUUCCCAGCUAUAAUGCCCUCAUAUAGAUCGUUUAUUGGAAUGUAAUCGAUUUUUUUGCUGUCAUAAACGUAUAUCGGAUCCUUGAUGACCCCAAUAUCGAAUCCUUCGUUUUGUAGUUCCGUCUUCUUAACUUUGAACGUUCCUGUCAUCGGAAGCGAAUCCAUAAUUCUCAAAAAUAACGGUAUGGCGUAUGCAGGUAAAUGACUUUUUAAACUUUCCGCUAAUUUUUUUCUAUCUAUAGCGUUUGCUAAGUCUUCUACUGCAAUCAUACCAGCUCUUCCAUCGCUUUUAGGAACCUAGAAAACAAAUUUGUUUUUACAGAUUUGAGGCUAUAGCUCGUUAACAAUGGAGCGUAUAGAAAAAGUUUUAAAUGGAAUUUGUAGAGAAUUUAAUUCUGAAUAAAAUUGGUAAUGACAUAUUUUGUUGUAGGAUUAAUAGUUUAGAAGAUAUUUUCGAAAAAUAAGUUUUUUAAAUUUUUUGUAGGAUUAAUAGUUUGGAAGAUAUUUUGGAAAAAUAUGUUUUUUAACCUUUUUGUAGCUGUAGAUCAGUUAUUUUUAAUUUUGAAACAAAUAAAGAAGUAUGACGCUCUUUAGUUGUCCAACUGUUGUAUAAAAUGGCGUUUUUAGUCUUGCAAGGCUGCAACUCGUUUACAAUGAGUCGUACAGAUAAAGUUUAAAAAACAGUUUGUAGAAAAUUGAAUUUUAAACAAAAUUGAUAAUAGAAUGUUUUGUUGUAGGAUUAAUAGUAUAAAAGAUAUUUACAAAAAAUAUAUUUUUUAAGCUUUUUGUGGCUGUAGAUUAGUAAUUAUUAAUAAUCAAAAGAAUAAAAAUGUAUGACGCUCUUUAGCUGUCUUAACUGUUGCAUAAAAUGGCGUUUUUACAGACUUGUAAGGCUGUAACUCAUUAACAAUGAGGCGUAUAGAAAAUUUUUAAAUAUAAUUCUAAACAAAAUUGAUAAUGACAUUUUUUGUUCUAGGAUUAAUAGUUUAGAAAAUAUUUUAGAAAAAUGUUUUUUUUAACUUUUUUGUAGUUUUAGAUCAGUUAAUAUUAUUGAAAUUAAUAAUAUGACUCUUUGGCUGGCCAAAUUCCCAAAAUAAAGUAAGACUGUAACUCAUUAACAAUGAGUCUCGUACUGAAAAAAAAAUUAAAUGCAAUUUGUAAAGAAUAUAAUUCUGAACAAAAUUGGUAAUGACAUAUUUUGUUGUAGGAAUUAUCUUCUAGAAGAUAAUUCGAAAAAAAUUGAAAUUAUUAUUGUUUUAAAUAAAAAUGUAAUACCCUCUACUAAAUGUACAAAUGGCAAAAAUUGUCGGGUUGGUAAUGACUAUAUUCUAUAGUAUUGCUAUUAAUAGCAUAAAACUACUUUAUUUUUAAAAAAUUCUUUUAAAAUUACUUAAUUUUCAAAAAACAACAAAAUAGUUUUACCUCAACUCCAUAUACAACCAUAUUUUUGGCUCCUAUUAUUUCUGAAACAACCUGUUCAACUUCAGUUGUUGCUACGUUCUCACCUUUCCAUCUAAAACAUAAUUAAAAAUUUAAAGUAAAAAAUAACAUUUAAAAAAGCAUAGGUAGCUAUUUUUUCAAUUUUCACCCUAUAAU